AUGCGAGAGACUGGACCAUGGGCAAACUACAUUCUGAGCACGCCGUGGUGGGUGCAAGUUAGAAGCAGACUUGCGAAGACAGAUGCUGUGUUUGCGUCGCGCCUCCUGUCACCAAGGCAGGAGCUGAACCUACGGUCUGGCUGUCAAAACAUGUGGACCGGUGAAAGUCUUUCACGGGAGAUCGGUCUGGAGAUAUCCAAUGUCGAAGCGGCCACUAUCCAAGUGGUUAGAACCGUUCAGGUAGACGAGUGUACGCAUUACCAGCAAAAUGAUGGACCAUUCGCUCUCUGCGUGAAGGCUCCAGGAUCCUCCGCUUGUGGCAAUUGUCACUGGAAAGAAAAAAUGAAGGAUUGUUCGUUCUAUGAUGCGUCCGCCCCUCGUUCCGUUCGCUGCUGUCAGCCAGAUUCCUCAACCACGCCAAGGGCAGAUCUUGAAAAGAUGCGGGAAGAGAACCAUGACAACAUUCGCCAGGAGCUCAAAGGCAUCUCUCAGGAGCGAACAGUCCUGAAAGGAAAGAUGAAACAACUCCAACUGAUCAUACGAGAAGCGCGACUCGCGUCCGCGAAGUUUGCCGAAAUGGACUCUCAAAAUUGCGAUACUCUCUCAGUCCAGCAGGGGGUGCAUCUUACCGACGAAUACAACAUAUUCUUGCGUAAUGAAUUUGUGCGAGCGCAGCGGGCAUUGAUCGAUCAGAUCAUGACAGAUUUCGAGAAAAUUAUGACCAGAGAUCUUUGUCUGCUGGAUCGUAUGGCGCUUCUUCUCAAGUCCUGGUCUAGAUAA